AAGGAGGUCGACCACAGCAGAGAGACUCACUGAGGAAUACUGAGGACAAUGAUCCCAGGAUACACUACUACAGAGGACAUACUGCAUACACUAUGGACUCUGAGUCUCUGGACAGUUGUAUCCAGAACACCCUCUCAGCCCUCUACCCUCCGUUUGAUGCCACAGCCUCCACGGUGCUGUGUCAGGUAUUUGAUGUGGUGGAGACCAGCUACAGAGGAGACGGAAUAAGAUACCUCAUAGACUUCCUGGUCCCUGCCAAACACAUCCUGCAGACCAUCCAGCAACAUGCCUGUGUGAGUAGCUACUACGUUAUACUAUAGAUACCUCAUAGACUUCCUGGUCCCUGCCAAACACAUCCUGCAGACCAUCCAGCAACAUGCCUGUGUGAGUAGCU